CGUGGCAACUCUUACUCCUACCUGCAGUAUGGGAUUUUAAGAUCAAAGGAAUUAGACCUAGGGCAAAAACUGAGACAGCAGGGAGGCAUUGUAACAACUGGAAAGUUUUCCAAAUUGGUAAACUUGCAGUGUUCUUUCUGUACAGAAGUAAAAGAUCCCCUAUGACCCUAUGGAUAUCAGGAAGGAAAAGCGUCUCAACACGGCACUUCAGAUCAGCAAUUUCAAAAAGGCUUUGAAAAGAUUUGAAAAAUUGGUUGAACAAAUAGCAGCCCAGAAAAGAGAUGAAAGAGCAGGCUUAUUUAUCCAUAAAGAAGAUGCAAUUGGUUAUGACAAGUUUUAUGCAUCAGUACAGAAGCUCUUUGGUCCAGAUGUGCAGAAUCAAGAUGUGAAACGCUUUUACAGGAAACUGUGCAACAACACGGAUGCAUCUGCAGACUGGUGUGAGAUCUUUGGAUACUUCUCCUCUGAAGAAGAUCCUAUUGCUUCCCAGUUGGAUGAAGAAAAUUUGGUUUUCUUUGUGUCUAGAAAACGGCGAAUUUUAAUUUCAGGUAGUAGAAGACGAGAUGUGAUUAAGAGCAUUGUCAAGAUACCUCACCUGGAUUUACUAAUAACAGCUACUCAGAAAGGAUUAAUAACAGUUUUUAAUAACCAGAUGAGAGUUCAGACCAGCACCAAUGUUACAGACACCUCCUGGAUUACAGGGUGUGAUUACCUCUUGCAGCUAAAACGAAUCGUAGCCACAACCGAAAGGACCAUUAUUGUCUGGGAUUAUAAAGCUCAAGGGAGCAGCCAGGAAAAUUAUUUUGUCAUAAAGCCAAUGGAUCACUGCCUCCUGUGUGUGUGUGUGGUGCCUUUGUCUGACCAUCUCUGCCGAGAUGACAUCCUCUUGGGGGAUGAUGGGGGUUUUGUGAACAGAUUCACAGUCAACAGUGAUGACUUUGGAAUAAAGCAGGCAAAAUUCAAAAGAAAAUUACAAAAUCAGGUCUUAGACUCAAAGAACUUUAAAAGUGUUAAAAGGAAGCUACAUAAUGACUGGGUUAUGAAAAUUAGAUAUAUUUCGGCCCUAAAUUGUUUUGGAUCCUGCUCCUUAGACAGUAAUCAUUCAUUAGUUUUGGAAUCCUUGAAGAGACUCGAGGAUAAUUUGCCUGUCAGAGAGUUUUCCAUGCCAAGAGGAGCAAACACUUUUUGCUACUGUGUUAAAGCAAAUGUGAUUGUCACUGGAGGAGAUGAUAAAGUCAUCCGGUUGUGGCACCCCAAUAUCAGCACCAAGCCAGUGGGGAAACUUGUGGGACACAUGUUCAGUAUCACCGAGAUCGUAACCAGUGAAAAAGAUCAACAUGUUGUCAGCCUUUCCUCUGCAAAGGUUUUCAGGGUGUGGGAUAUACAAACUCUUUCACUAUUACAAGUCUUCCAUGACAGCCAGGGAGGACCAGGAGACAUGCAGAUUUACUCUAUGAUAUAUGAUGCCAAUCACGGCAUGCUUAUUACGGGAUCUAGUGUUAUGGACAUGUAUCCUUUGACUAGGAUGAUACAAGAUACAAAACAGGUUCCUCACACUCAUGAACGAGAAAUCAAUGUCAUGCUUUACAACAAAUAUUUUCACCAAGUACUCACUAUCUGCUCUGAAUCCAUAAUUAGGGUAUGGGAACUUGAGACUGGGCUCCAAGUAUACCAGAUUUUAGACCCUCAUGGUUUCAAUACUGAAGUGACUUCUGCAGCUGUCGAUGAAAGUGGAUUUCUUUUUGCCACAGGAGCAUAUAACGGAACAGUCAGGAUCUGGGACUUUGGCAGUGGACAGGAGAUGAAAGUGUUGCCGGAGGGGAAAGACUGGAAGGAGGACGAGCACUGCCUACGACGCCUCAUUUUCCUCAAGGCCCAAGAAGAACACCAGCACCUGGUCCUGGCCUUGGAGCGCAACGGGACUAUCAAAAUGAUCCAGGGUAAGGAAGAUGAUAUUUACCUCACGGUGAUCUGGGAGCUGCCUGAUGUUGUGCCUUUCCUACAAGAUGGGAAACAUGCUGUGCAUCUGAGAAUGUCUACUAGAGAUAGGAACAUGGCUAUUCCUUUCCCAGAUGUCCAGUUAAUAGUUGAGAGGAACUUUUCUCAACCUACUGAUAAUCCCGCCAUGGAUUUAUUACGAGUGAACUGCAUUGAUUUACUACAAGUAGAAGGAUAUAAUUUGAUAGCAGCUGGAACAUUAAAUGGUGUGAUCAUCUUAUGGAAUUUUGUGACAUCUACUGUCAAAAAAGUGUACCGACCUGAAGAUUGCUUCACUGUAAACCCUGACUUGGAUCCCAAGCACUUUAAAAUUAAUGACAUACUGUUCCUCUUUCGUACCCCUGAAUGUGCAAGGAGAUUAAGUCAGGAUUCCAUAUGUUCUUCGUCCCAGUGUGAAUCCAGCAAAGGUCCACGGAGCAGUAAGGGAAGCAAGCAAAGCAUACAUGACAGUGAGGUUAAAGGUGAACAAACAGAUGUCACGGUGGGAGAGCAACAGCCAGUGGACAAAAAACACCCUGAAAAUGCCAAUUUACCAAAAGCCCAGCCACCUAUCCUUGUCACUGCUCAUGAGGAUGGACACCUCCGCUUGUGGACUCUGGAGGGAAGACUACUGAAAGAUAUGCUACCUUUCACAAAACAUUCUGCCAUUUCUCUGACAUCGCUGUAUACUGAUUCAUGUACGAGGAUACUACUGGCUGGAAAUGUGGAAGGACAUGUUAUCCUUUGCAAUAUUAGCUCUUUCCUGGAUCCACCUCAUGAUGAAAAGAAAUUCAAGCAGCUGCUUUCCUGGCGUGCUCAUUCUUUGGAAAUUAUUCAAGUAAUCUAUGUAGAAGAAAAACAAGUGGUACUUACUGCCUCCAUCGAUGGCUCAGUAAGGCUCUGGCAUGCCCUCAAUGGACAUUAUUGUGGAUAUUUUGGACAGCGAAGGCUCUUUGAAUUAUCACAGACAAGUGAUAUCAUUUUGCCUUGUGAUGUUACUGAAUAUCCCAUAGAAAUAAAAGAAGAAAGCAAGUUCACAGAGAAGCAAAAAUAUGAAUAUCCUCUGAUAUUUGACCAGGAAAAAUGGAGAAAAAUGAGCUCAAUGUCUUUACUUUUCAAACGCACACCUCCCAAGGCCUUUGAAGUGGAACAGGAUUUCAAGUUUUUCCAGUCUCUUUCUUUUCCUAAGAUUCGAAGAUAUCCCUCAGAAGGUUUUGUGACUGAAAACAGAGAGGCAGGGAUUGUUUUUGGCUCUCUGCCUAUAUACAGGAUAUCAAGCCCCACUAGUCUAAGAUUUCUUCCACUGAUUGGCGUAGAAGCCCAAAAAGACUCUUCAGAUGGCAUUACAGGAAAGAAGAAGGGAGGUCAUGUUCAACGUGAAAAAGCACCACGAAGAAGAAGUUUGAAAAAAAAUUUAGUCCCACAAAUAAAUCUGGCUUCUUCCUUCUUCCCAGCUAUACCCAAGUAAGGAGAAAAAAUCAGAAAUGACUGCUGCACAUAAAAUGGCAACGUUUGGAUGAUACCUGCUCUUUAUUUCAGGAUGAGAGGGAGAAACCACCAGACACUAUCAGUCACCUCUGGUGUCAGGCCAUUCUAUUGAUGGGAAAGAUUGCUUAGGGAGUUCUGGUGAUCUCAACUCUGAAUACCAAGCAAGCAGCAAGCAGCCAGAAGUUUAGACGAUGUUUCUUAUUUACUAUCAGCAAACUGACACAUAAGAAAACAAAUGAAAUCAACAGCAUUAGUAGGUCUAAAAUAAUAUGGUUAUCAAUGUUUAGCUUUCCACUUCCUCCCAUUGGUCACCUUACUCCACAGCCAGAAUGAUUGUCAGAACAUGUGCAGUAAAAGGCACUUUCAAGUCAUGCUAUGUGUUGUACAAAGAGAAUUAUUAAAAAGAAAAAUGUACCAGUCCAAUCUCUAGAUGUUUGUCUUCUUCAUUCAGAGAAAUAUUAUCUGGAAGAAAAUGUCCUGAGUUUCUUAAAGUCAGAAAUUA